UCUUUAUCAAAGUUGGUCAUUCUCUGCUGGAAGCAGAGUUAUUAAACCUGGUUUGGUGAGUGACUCAAAACCUGGGCCAAGUCGGUUUCAAACAAAGGGUGAAAGUUGACCUGCUAACUAGGAGACCUUGUUAAAAAAAUUUCAAAUCAGCAUAUGUCUUUUUAAUUGACCGGGAUAACACUCCCAACCUCUGAUCAGGCCUUGGGCCAGGUUAAAUGCAUGCCGGCAAAUCUAAAGUUUCCAUUUUAGUUUGUUUAGCUGAUAAAUGCAAUGAUCAUACCUGUUUUGUUCUUCCCUAUCUGUUUCCUCAAUGCCAACAUUGUACUUGUUUUAUUUUUCAUUUUGAAACUUCCAUGCAAAAACUUCCUCUUGAACAAUUUUCAACUUUCUGCACAUAUAAAAAUACCCUAUCAUCAUCAUCACUUGAACUCACGUCAUCUUUCCAAUUCUCAUGGCAAUCCAAUUGAAACUGCUCUAUUCUUCUCCUCGCAGAUUUCGCCACCCCUCAGCCGGCGCCUGCUUCACAAGCUUCUCCUGACGUCUGACAGCAAAAUUCAGGUGGACUCAGUGGGGGGGCAGAAGGCAGGAAUAGUCACCGGAACACUAUUAGGGGCUGGCCGGAUAAUGCUUGUGCUAUGAUGUACAAGAAACGUCGCACUAUCGAUUUGAAAAUCCAUCAAGAAGACCAGCUCCAUGAGUCUCCCAAGUUCUGCCAUUUUGUGGAUUUCUUGUUGAGCUUGAUGAAUUUUGGUUUUGUAGAGAAAUUUAGAGUGCAUAACAUCCUUUCUUACCAAUGAAUUUUUUUUAUUUACAAGUUAGUAUGCCAUUUUUAUUGUUAGUCGUGAGAGAUGAUAGAACCGGACAAGACAUUCUUGCCAAAAAUUCGGCAAGCUAGCAUGCCUAAAGGUCCGUGCCUGAUAUUGCAUGAACAGAUUAGCUUGCUAUGUAGCAACCUGCCACAUCAUUUGACUAUAAUUAAUCUGAUAUAUUUAGUAAUUUCAGACUUUAUUAUUAGCCAAAGUAAACAGGUGUAGUCCUUGGAUGAAUCAUAGGAGGACUCACCACCAAAUCAAGAGUGUUCUUUUUUCAUUAAUUUCCUAUUUUGCUGCAAUUUCUAUGUCAGAUUAGAAAACAAUGCUACAGUGAGAUCAUUUUUCACCACUUACAGAUGAAAAUUUCCAUUGAAUAUCAUUUCAUCACCCACCGCUAGAUCUCUCUUAGGGCAUAACAAUUGAUCCAAUCGCAAUGGCGGUGCCACCAUUUAGGUUAAGAACCCCUGAAGUCUGCAGGGAGGCUGUUGUUCUUUCCAUGGAGAUAACAAUCCUUCUUGGCGGCGCUUUGCUUUUCUAUACAAUUCUUCUCAUUCUACAACAAAUCUUUUCUUACACUGGGGUGAUAUUACUUUCGAUAGCAGCGAUUGUUCUGCUGACUCAGGAUCACAGUAGCAAUAGCAGUCUGCCUAUCACUACCGCACGCAAAUUGAUGGAAAUUAGCAAGCAACUAUGCCACAUUGUCGGGUCCAUCACAAAUAAAUUAUGUGAGGAGCCUAUUACAAAUUACCCUCAUUUGGAGAGAAGAUGCUCAGGGACCAUUGCUAUAUGGACGGGCUAUGUAGCUUAUGCUGGUCUUCUGAUUCAAGUACUUUUAAGAUAUCCUGUAUCAUUAGACACUUUUUUUGCUGGUGGGUUAAUUGCCAUUGCUGUUUGUGCAAACCAUACAUUUUUGUUUUCUUGCAUGUGGGAUUCAAUAAAGAGGAAGAGUCUCGGUCAAAAUCUUGAUCAGGCUGACAGCAUGAACAAGGUUGAUGAAAAUGAACUGAAGGGAGUAAAAGCUAAAUGUGAUGAAGAUCGGCAAAGGUGGGAAGAGGAGAAGAAGGAUCUUACAGAACAGCUUAACAUGGCAAAAUCAAAACUUAGCGAAAAGGAGAAAGCUUAUAGCAUGUUCGGAAACUUUAACUGGGAUUAAGAAGGGAAGAAAUCAAAGCUCCUUUUAUGCUAAGAAAUCUUAAAGCUUAUGUCAGAGCUGGCUUUCUCUCUCAGCCUAGAUUACGAGCUCUUUCUCCAUCCUCCUUUCACUUGGAUUGUUAAGCAUUCUUGUGCUGACAGGAUGGAUACAGCACCAGGUAGUAGGUGGUUUCAGAUUUUGCAAUUUUUAAACACACCUAGGCUGAUU